AUGCUCUGUGCCAUCUGCGUCAACUUCGACGUGCGAAAACUUUUGCUGACAGCCGCGGCACAACCACCCAAAGGCUUCAAUGACCCCACCGCGCCAGAUACGCUCGAGUGCUUGCGGCCAGCAGUCCCUCGGUUCUUCGAACAUCAUCCCAAUUUGCUUUCGCUUCGCUCCGCAGCUGAUAAAUGUGAUCUAUGCGCAUCCAUAUGGCAAGCUUAUGCUAGCAAUACCCACCCUUGGGAACUUGUGCAAGAGGAAUUGCUUAAGGGCAUAAGUACGAAGCAGAUAUUCGUAGGGACCACUGCCUGGGAUGCUACUCUGAGCGGGAUGCCCCAUAUUUCCGUAAUUCAAGAAGGGGAAAAGGGUGCAAUACGUACUCUCGCCUUAUUCGAAGUAUGCGCCCAAAGAUGUCAUGAGCCAGCAGAUAACAGCGACCUUCUAGCUCGAUCUAUAUACAGCAAUUCGGGGUCUAAAGGAUGUCUACAGCUUGCGGCCGAGUUAUUAGGCAACUGCAUUAACAAACAUAAGUCAUGUUCUCGUCAAUAUCCGGCUUCGUCUAAACUUCCGACAAGAAUAAUCGACGUCGAGGGAACGAACCCGAAGCUCGUUGACGGUGGCGGAAAACACGAAACCUUUGCGGCGCUGUCGUAUUGUUGGGGAGGCGAUUCGGAAUUCAUACUUACAGGAGCAAGUGAACAACUAUUUCGACAAGGCCGGCCACUUAGCAAUUUCCCUGCCACCAUCCGCGACGCUAUAAGCAUCACCAAAGCACCCGGUAUCCGCUACAUUUGGAUUGACGCAUUAUGCAUCAUUCAAGAUUCGCGCGAGGACUGGGCCCAGGAGGCUAGUCGCAUGCGAGAUGUGUAUAGAGGAGCAGUCGUUACGAUAGCCGCAGCAUGCGCCGCCAAAACCACCGAAGGGAUUUUCCGGGAGAGGGCAGUGUCGACUCACCCUGAAUGUUGGCUUAACUGGAAGAAUGGAGAUAGCAAUCCACCCAAGGUGUUCCUACGCUUAGGCUCUGAACUAUGGGAUGAAAGGAUGCAUCAAAGCGUUCUAAAUACUAGAGGUUGGGUUUUGCAGGAGACCCUCUUGGCGCCUCGAACGUUAUGGUUUGGUCAGCAGCAAAUAUGCCUCGAGUGUCCCAAAGGAAGCGUGGAUGAAACAGGGCGAACGAUCAGGAUCGUGGAGAUAUACCGCAGUAAAGAAUUCAUCCAGUUGGUCCGCCGAGAGAUCAUUCCUGGCUGGAGGAGACAGUUGAUUGAUCUUCUUCGAGAGAUGCAUAUUCCUCUAGCUAUGAAAAUUCCGUCGCUAUCGCUACCAACUAUAAUCCACGCACGGGAUCUAGAAACUAUACGCCAUAGAGCCAUUUCUUGGAAGCCAUUUACAUUGCAAGGCUACUUUAAGCCACCUGCCAAUAUUUUCGGAUUUUCACAUUUCGAUUUCUGGCUCAAGAUAAUCGAGAACUAUUCAUCUAGGCAGCUUUCCCAAGCAACUGAUGUUCUCACCGCCUUGUCAGGACUCGCAAGAGAAUUCCAUCAAGCCACAGGCGACAUGUACGUCGCUGGCCUAUGGAAGAGGGACAUAAUACAGGGCCUCACCUGGUCGAGAUUUCCAGUUAGAAAGAAGCUGCCAGAUGGCCGUGUUGACAACGAGCCAACCUUGUCUAAUCAGUAUCUCGCCCCAUCAUGGAGCUGGGCCAGUAUACUAGGCAAGAAAGUUUUAUUUAUGGCUGAAACGCAAUUUGACCACGUCAAGCAAUUCGCCGAGGUCCUAGAUAUCGAUAUCCAGACUGCUACUCACGAUCCUUUCGGUGCUGUAAAAGGGGGUAGUUUAACUCUCCGAGCCCCCUUUCUAGAAUUGGACUCUAAGGACUUAUUCAUCCCCCCUGAUUCAUCGUCGCGGUACCCAAAAUUAUCCCAAUUUAUCUUCGACGUGUUGAAAUCUGGAGGAGGGAGCGAGUACGGACAGAAACACAGGGGCUAUGCGGAACAAAAAUUCGCGAUUUUAAAGCUGGUCUACUGGCGGCGUACUCUCUCAUCUACCGAACGUGCGUGCUUCUUAAUACUUGAAAGUGUCCAAGACAGUAACGACUGGAGGCGAAUAGAGAGUCUCAAUCUUACUUCUAAGGAAACUGUGCUAUGGGAUAGUAAAGAAGUACUGGAGAAACUAGCUAUCCUCGAUGAGAUCAAGCAUGCCUUAAAAAGACAUGUUGUGAGAAUUAUCUGA